AUGAGUUGCGGUGCGAAGAAUAAUUACUUGUGCACUGCUUCAUCUUGCGGCGAUGUUCGUGACAUACAGUAUCCUUUUCGAUUGAAAGGUGACCUAAAAGGUUGCGGCCGCUCUAAGUAUGAGCUAGCUUGUGAAAAUAAUCGCACUGUUCUAUAUUUGUAUGCCGGUCGAUAUUAUGUGAAGUCGAUUUACUAUGACAAUAAUUCCAGAGGUUAUUAUUCCAGAGGUUAUUUCUCUGGUAAUAUCAUGGUGGUUGAUGAUGGACUGCAAAAAAGUAAUUGCUCAUCCCUCCCUCGUUACUCAUUGGCGAGCUCCAACUUGAGUGAUCGGGAUCCAUACUCUCAAUAUGCUUCAUCCUCUGCGGUGGUCUUCAUGAAGUGCUCACAACCCGUUGCUUCUACUUCGUAUAUCUAUACUGAACCAUGUAUUGAGGGAGCAUACCCUUCCAAUACGCCCCCUAAUAUUUCCCAAAUGAAGGUGUACUCAUAUGCUAUGUCUGGGUUGAGUCUCCAAGUAGGGGACAUCAAGGAUUCUUGCAGCAUAACCAUGAUGACUUUCUUAUCGGAUGCUGACCCGACGUGGGAAAUGGAUGGGUAUAAUCGUGUGAGCCCAACGUAUCGUGUGAGCUCGUAUAAGGAUCUCCACAACAGGAUGGCUGAAGGAUUCGCUCUCCAUUAUUCUCGACGUUCUUGUCCAUUUCCUAGCAGCAAAAUUCAUACUCGGAGCUCCAUGUGUGUUGAUAUUUCUAAUCUUGAAGCGACCGAUGCAAACAUCGAAGAAUUCCUACAAGCUCACAAUAACUUUUUGCCCAUAAGGUACUCUUACUCGGAUAUCAAGAGGAUCACAAAAAAUUUCAAAUGCAAGUUAGGUGAGGGGGGAUAUGGUUCCGUAUACAGAGGAAUACUUAGAAGUGGCAAUGAAGUUGCGGUUAAGAUUUUGAACAAAUCAAAAUCUAAGGGCCAAGAUUUUAUAAGCGAAGUGGCCUCAAUUGGAAGGAUCCACUAUGUUAAUGUGGUGCAACUUGUUGGUUUUUGCUUUGAAUACUCCAAACAAGCUCUUGUCUAUGAUUUCAUGCCGAACGGAUCUUUGGAUAAACACAUUUCCUAUAAGGAUGGUGAUGAUCCUCUUGAUUAUAAGAAAAUGUAUGAGAUCUCUCUUGGCAUAGCUAGAGGGAUAGAGUAUCUACAUCGGGGAUGUGAUAUGCAAAUUCUACAUUUUGACAUCAAGCCUCACAACAUUCUCUUAGACCGAAGUUUCAUUCCGAAAGUUUCUGACUUUGGACUUGCAAGACUUUAUCCCACCGAUCGUAGUAUAGUAUCGCUGACUGCAGCAAGAGGAACCUUGGGUUAUAUGGCUCCCGAGCUAUUCUAUAAAGACAUUGGUGGUAUUUCUUACAAAGCCGAUGUUUAUAGUUUUGGGAUGUUAUUAAUGGAAAUGGCUGGUAGAAGGAGAAAUAUAAAUGCACAUGCAGAGCGUUCGAGUCAAAUUUACUUUCCUUUGUGGGUUUAUGAUCAACUCGGCAAAGAAAAGGAACUUGAAAGGGUAGAUGUCAUAGAAGGGGAAAGAGAAACAACGAGGAAGAUGAUAAUCGUUGCACUGUGGUGUAUACAAUUGAGCCCUAAUGAUCAGCCGUCGAUGAGGAAAGUCCUAGAUAUGCUUGAAGGAGAUAUGGAUAAACUGCAAUUGCCUCCAAAACCACUUUUGUAUCCGAGAGAGGCACCCGUUGAUGAUGUUGACACUGAGAUAGAACCGGAAACAAUCUCAUCUUCGUCAAGUACUCCGAUAGUUUCGAGCAGUUCCCAAUUUUACCAUGACCAUGAGUUUAUGAAAUCAUGUAUUGUGUGAUUGUUCCCCGAUAAUGAGAUGCAAAAAUUAUAAAUAGUACUAUCAACAUGUAUCAUCAUUCAAAAUGUAAUCUGUGAAGCUUUUAUAUGUUUUUCA